UACCAAUGGCGCAGGAGGCAUUAGUGACAAACCAUGAAGACGGAGGAGUCCAGUUGACGCGGAGACUGACGCUGGGAUGUGAACUGAGCUGUACCACGAAACAGGGAGAUACUUUUCGGGGAAACCUGGUAGCUCAUGAUGAGAAAGAAAACCUUAUUGUGAUCAAAGAGGCCUCUUCCGCUGAGUCUCUACCAACUGCUAGCGACAUCCGCAAUGUCCACAUCGUCAAUCUUAGACAUGUCACGAAACUAGAGGUGACCUUCGAACCCUUGGCCCCGCCCACCAGCUACACGAAGCUGCCGAGGCUGGAUACAGAGAGGAUACGUAGACGGCUACAGACAAACAUCGAAGCCAAGCGGAGGGAAAUACGGUCACGAGGGUAGACGUCACCAACCAAGCUCAACAGCUCUUCAACUACAUCAGUAAAAUGUAUAACGACAUUGAGUGGGACAAGGACGUGAUAGUGGUCCUCAAGGACGUGCGGAUAUCUCCACCGUACAGCCCCGAAAACUGUGACGGCUCACAAUCAGCCUGCAACAGGAUCAAGAAGCAGGUAGCCAAGUUUCACAACAAGGAGUUCAGCUAGCACUGAGAAACCAGUACCCAUCUAUUAAAAACCCAAGAGUUAUCAACUGCUGACUUUGAACAAUGUUACUGUUUCAUAUUUUAUUAUUGUGCCAUGCUUUUGUAUUAUCGAUGUGUUUUGCUCCUUGCAAAAUGAUUACGCUUCUGUAAACGGACGUACAUGUACAAUAUAGACAUGUUUCUAGUUUAUAGGCACAUUUUAGAGU